GCAUAUUAUUUGAUUUCAGUUUCGGACGAUAUACCCGACUGUUAAGAGGUGUUUUAUUUCUGGAAUUCCUCUACAAUAAUCGGCGAAUAAUUUUUUCAAUAAAAAUUAAAAAUAUUAAGUUUUCACUUGAAUUAUUUCUGUAUUUUUGGUAUUAUCGAAUAAAAGAGUAAUACAAAAAAAAAAGAAAAAAUUAAAUAAAUAAAGAAUAAAUAAAUUUAUAUUUUAAAAGUAUACAUAUACAAAUAAUAAAUCAGAAAAACCUUUGAUUAAAAUAUAAAAAUUUGUGUAAAACGCUUAUAAUUGGAAUUUGUAUUUUGACAACAGAAAAAUCAAAAAGUUUCACUAAAAAUUGCAACCAUUUCAAUUGUAUCGUAGCAUAAAUUUAUAAUAAAACUAGAAAUUUUUCAUUAAGUAAAAGCUUGUCGAAUAUUAAAAAUAAAUUGUUCGACAUUAAAAGCCUAUUAAAUUUUAAUUUAAAUAAAAUUUUCAAUCAUCAUAUCAUUCUAUAGAGGAUUAUAAAUUUUCACCUGUAAUGUUAUUCGGUGAUUCAAGCCCAGUAGAACCACACGAUUGCUUUAUAUUAGCAAUUGUGCAUAGUUUACAUGAGUUUUCAUUAAAACUUCAUCCAGAUAACGACAAAUGUCGAAAGAAAAAUAUAUGUUUAGGACCAAAACCGACACGUCGUAUAUCAGGAACACAACAAAUUGGAAUAACAACAACAACAACAAAUCGUUCUAGUUCAAUAAGUGAUUUAUUUCAAAGUAGUCAUUUAACGGCAACUUCAUUAAACAAUCUUAAUAAUAAUAACAAUAAUCAUAAUAAUAGUCACAAUAGUAAUAAUAAUAAUUUAAAUAAUAACGCAAUCAUGACAGGACAUCACAGUCAUAAUCAUCACCAUCAUCAUCAACAGCAAGGACUUAGUCCACAAACACCAUCAUCUGGAUCAAUAAAUAAUAAUAGUAUAAAUAAUAAUAUGAAUAAUAAUAACAACAACAAUAAUAAUAGCAAUAGUAAUAAUAAUAACAAUAUUGGUUCACCAAUAUCAUCAACUGGUACAUCAUCAGCAAUAUCAACAACAAAUUCGGCAACAUCUGCAAAAUCAUCCUCAAACGGUAUAACAAAUGGUAAUACCAAUAAAUGUGAUCAUAAUCCCUUAACACCAUCAGAAUUAAUUAAAAAAUAUAGUAAUCAUUUAACAGAAAUGGAAUUUGAUGAAUUAAAAAUCUAUAAUGAGAUUUGGUAUUAUGGACAAAAUGCAAAUAAAAUUAAUGGUAAAGCUGGCACAACAUUAAAUUGUGGUUAUGAUGAUGAAAAUGGAAAUUAUAAAAUUGUUGAACAUGAUCAUAUCGCAUUUCGAUAUGAAAUACUCGAAAUAAUUGGUAAAGGUAGUUUUGGACAAGUAAUACGUGCCCUUGAUCAUAAAACAAAUGAACAUGUAGCUAUAAAAAUAAUAAGAAAUAAAAAAAGAUUUUUAAAUCAGGCUGUUGUUGAAUUGAAUAUAUUAGAUGAAUUAAAGGAAAAGGAUUCAGAUGGUCAACAUAAUGUUAUACAUAUGCUAGAUUAUACAUAUUUUCGGAAACAUUUGUGUAUAACAUUUGAAUUAAUGAGUUUAAAUUUGUAUGAAUUAAUUAAGAAGAAUAAUUAUCAAGGUUUCAGUCUUAGCUUAAUAAGAAGAUUUUGUAAUUCAAUUGUAAAAUGUUUACGUUUACUCUACAAAGAGAAUAUCAUACACUGUGAUCUCAAACCAGAAAAUAUUUUGUUAAAACAACGUGGCAGUAGUUCAAUUAAAGUCAUUGACUUUGGAAGUUCUUGUUACGUUAAUCGUAAAAUCUACACAUAUAUUCAAUCAAGAUUUUAUCGAUCACCAGAGGUCAUUUUAGGAUUACCAUAUGGAACAGCAAUUGAUAUGUGGAGUUUAGGUUGUAUAUUAGCUGAACUUUAUACUGGUUUCCCAAUAUUCCCUGGUGAAAAUGAAGUUGAACAAUUAGCUUGUAUAAUGGAAGUGAUUGGUUUGCCUGGUGACGAUUUAAUUAGUACAGCAACACGCCGUCGUUUAUUCUUUGAUUCUAGAGGCAGCCCUCGAUGUAUUACAAAUUCUAAAGGAAGAAAACGUAAACCGGGAAGUAAGACACUUGCUUCAGCAUUACGUUGCUCCGAUCUACUAUUUGUUGAUUUCAUAAGGCGUUGUUUAGAAUGGGAUCCAACAAAACGAAUGACUCCAGAUGAAGCUGCUCAUCAUGAUUGGUUACAACCAAGUGCUUCCUCAUCAUACAAUUUAUCAAAAGCUCGUGAACGUCAAGAAAAUAUUGAAAAUUCAACAUCCUCAUCAAUACAUCAUCAUUUGUCACCAAAAAAUUCAAAUAAUCAUCAUUCAAAUAGUCAUAGUAAUAUAAACAACAAUAAUAAUAACAAUAAAUUAACAACAUGCAGUAGCAGCCAAAGAUCUCAACAACAAUAUAUGACAUCAUCAACUAUAUUACCAGACAUUAAAUCAACAACAAUUGGAUCCGGUUUAACAAACGGUUUAACAACAAAUAAAUAUGGUAGUAUGCAAAAAGUUGUAAGAUCAAAAAUUACAAAUACUGGCUUAACAUCAUCAACAUCAGAUUUAGAUACAACAGCUCAACAGUAUUCUUUGCAUCGGUUGUACCAUCAUAGUUUAUCAAAUGGUAACAAUUUGACGAGCAGUGGUCUAACAACAUCAACCUCUGCUACAAAUGGUCAUCAUCAACAUCAUCAUUCUGCAGUAACCGCAUCUUUAACAACUACAACCAGAAAGAUGUCAGCAACCAAAUAUAGUGGGCUUAGUGGUAUUAAUGGUAACACAACAAAUAGCAUCACAUCAAAUACAAAUGUUGGUAUGUCCCAUUCACAAAGUACCGGUGAUGUAUCUACUUCGGCAAUAUUCGGUCGUGCAUGACGAGUUCGACCAACAGAAUUAGAUUUAAAAAAAUGUAAGCUAGUCAAUGUGAUGGAUUCUUGGAGCUAAGAUACAUUGUUGCAAAUGUCCACAUUAGAGUGGACAUUUUGUGUUACAAAGGAUCAAAAUUAAAAAAACAAAAAAAAACAAAAACAUAAAAAUUUUUUAAAAAUUAAAUGGAAAAUGAAAAUAAAUUUUCUCAUUGUUUUGUACUAAUUUUUUAAAUUAUUUAAAAUUAAAAUUAGUAUUUAAAAUUUAAUUAAAUAAACCAAUUAAAUUCAUUUUUUAAAUUAGUCAAAAUUCAAAUUUAUUUUCAUGUAUUUUUUUUAUAAUUGUUGCUCUAAGCCUCAAUAACUAUUUUAUAUUUUAAUUCUGCCUAGUGUUAUUCAUUACCAUUUAUUUCUUGUAUUUUAUCUGUCUAUAUUGCAGUAAUUUUUAUGCACAUAAAUUAAGUAUUUAAGUACCAAAACCUAUUUUAAAUGUGUUAUUUUAAUAAUCAUCUUUAAAAAAUAUUUAAACCUUUAAAAUUAGUUAGUAACAAAACAUAGAAAACAAUAAUAUCAUACAUUGCCAAGGACAGUGGCGCCAUUUUGGAAUUUUAACUAAAAUCAUUAAGAAAAACCGAUUAUAAAAAAAACUCUAAUCGCAAGUGUCAAAAAUUUAUAACGACAGCGAAGCAUGAAAUAUCACAUUAUUCUAAUAAAAAAUUUCAAAUAGUUAUGUGAUUGAUAGAGAAGAAUGCAACUAACAGGUGGCCUCAGUAUUAUUGAACUAAUUAGAAAUCGUCACAAUCGAUUUAGAACAAAAACACGAUGGCCUCUUAAUAUCGUUCAAAAACUUAUGUAUCAUUAAUCAUUUACAUGUGAUAAUCUACAUAUUAUUAUACAAUUUUAAUUUAAAUAAAAAUAUAAUCAUUUCAUAAUUAAAUUUAGUAUAACAAAAUAAUGGAAAAUAUAGAAUAAAGAUCCAUGAUUUACCUAUAGGGAAUAGAGCUGUGAUUAUUUUAUGUAGUCUAAUCCUGUCAAAUAUGGGCUAUGUCUUUAAUAUGAAAAUUAUAUUUAAAAGAGAUUAUUAACAAAUCUUCUUGCUCAAUAGGAAAAAGUUUAAACUU